AUGCCGCAUGCGCACUCGAGUUCAGCGGCGAGCUCGGGCGGCGACGACCUGGGCUCCACGGACGAGGUCAAGGUAUUCAAGGACGAGGGAGACGGCGAGGACGAGAAGCGCAGCUCCGAGAACCUCCUGGAGGAGAAGUCUAGUCUCAUAGACUGGACCGAGAGCGAGGACAAGUCUGGCGAGCCUUACUCCGGCAAGUUAUCGGUGAAGUCCGAUCUAAGUCCUGUUUUUGGUAAAUUCGAGCCGCACCCAGCGGCCGGCUUCAACAUGGGGUACCUCAUGGCGCCUUACCCCUACCCUAAUGGGGGGGCUCACCCCCUACCUGUGUCCAUGCCGGUUGAGUCUUUCCGCCUCUGCAGCUUCGAAUGUGAUUUGAUACCCUCCCCGCCCCCCCGCUCCCCCCGGUCCUCCCUGGUCCAAUUACAGAGUUCUCAAAGUCCCCCCACUCGCCCCCUUAUUUUUAGAUGA